GGGCCUGCAGGGCCGAGGGCGGGAAUCGGCAGUCUGGGCCUUCCCGCUGGACGGGAAGCCAUCCUGGCGCACCCAGGCCCCGCUCUCCUUCCUCACGCACCUGAGCUCCAGGACUUACGGUGGGAGCCUUGGAAAUUCCCACCUCACCGAGGACGGGGUUCCACGGCUGCCCCGGGAACAGGCCUCGAUGUUCGAGUCCUCUCAGGACUGUCCGCCCUCACCGCCCCAACUCACCCCGGCUUCGUGGCUGCCUCUCGGAGCCGGCAUUUCCCAUCCGCCCCUCACCUCACGUCAUUCGGAUCCCGCCCGCAGGCUCCGAGACUGCUCUCCAGGCCACGCCUGCUUGUGUCGCGCCGCGAGACGCGAGAAGACUGACUGCUGGGCUCAGCCAAUGGAGAUAGGAGUUGUAUUUCGGCCUCAACCACUCAGCAACCGGAAGGGGGAGAAGCUGCCAGCCUUUGUGACUCUGGGCCAAUGAAAAGUCCGCCAGACGGUCGCUUCCCUCCCCGAUUAGCUGCGGGUGGCUGGGCUCGGCUUCUAGCGCAGAGUCGGGGCGGAUUUGAGAAUCUCUGGGUUCACGAAGACGAAAAUGGACGCUGUAUAACUAAGCUGGAAAACAUGGGGUUUCGAGUGGGACAAGGAUUGAUAGAAAGUACUGUGUUACUUCUAGUUGAUCUUUUUAGGUUUACAAAAGAUACUGCAAGGUUCAAGGAUGAGUUAGAUAUCAUGAAGUUCAUCUGUAAAGAUUUUUGGACUACAGUAUUCAAGAAACAAAUUGACAAUCUAAGGACAAAUCAUCAGGGCAUCUACGUACUUCAGGACAACAAAUUUCGCCUGCUUACUCAAAUGUCUGCAGGAAAACAGUAUUUAGAACAUGCAUCAAAGUACUUAGCAUUUACAUGUGGCUUAAUCAGAGGUGGCUUAUUAAACUUGGGGAUAAAAAGUAUUGUAACAGCUGAAGUAUCUUCAAUGCCUGCCUGUAAAUUUCAAGUGAUGAUACAGAAGCUAUAGAAACUACUGAAAUGCAAGGCUUCAAUAGUGUAAAGAGAUAAAUUAUUCCUGUAUAAAGUAUUUCAAGUAGCAAUGAUUUAAUUACAUUGUUGGACAUUUGUAUUGAUAUAAGCUAUUUGCUAACUUAUAUAAUGAAAGAUGCACUCUUAAGCAGGAGUAAGGGUGUAUUUUAUCAAUUUAAUAGCACAGACCUUAAAACAGGUAAAGACACAUUCUACUGUAACAUACACUUUACUGAAACUAUUCAGAAUGAAAACCUAAUUUCAAAUAAGUAAACACCAAUGCAGGACCCUUAUUUAAACAUUCUUAUUUGCUUAGUGAUAUGUAUUUAACCAGAGAUGAAGAAACAAAACUCAGGGUUUGGUAAAUUAGCAUAAAGAAAGUAUGUACCAAUCAGAAUCUUUUCGGUAAGAAUGAACAAAUUUUGGUUUUGUUUUAUGAAUUUGUUUUAGUUAUUUAAAAAAAGCAAAGAGUACAUUAAAAUUUAAACUUAAUUAUUAUUUUAUUGCUUAUAAUUUAUUUCUAUUAAGAAUCUUUAUGCUUGUAUAAGGAUUUCAUUAUAUACAUUGUGUGUGUGUUGUGUAUGAUAUAUAUAUCAUAUUUAACUGCCUAAAUUGCUUAAAAACUUUAUUUCACUUUAAUAGAAUUCAGUUCUUGAGAGCUCCAUUAAUGUAAUGAAGUGAAAUAUAGAUCUAGAUAAAGUGAGAUAUAGAUGUGAAUUCAGUGACUCCAGGGCCAAAGAAUAUUAGGUAUUUGAGGAAGGAAUUUUUAUACUUCCUGUUAUCAGUCUUGACUUUCAGUUUCUCUCUCCAUGUGUGGAAGUGCUGGUGAAGAUUCUAACAUCUUUAACUUUUUUCCCCCUUAUUUAGUCUUCCCCAAGGGCAUAGGGGUGGAUGAUUGGAUUAGUCACACCAACAUUCAUGGGACCAUAUCUUCUCAGUGGGUUGGGGUCAGUGCUCGUCUAGUGUAUCUCUCACCUCCUCUCCCAUCUGAUGACCAUGAAAGGGACAAGCAUGGAGAUGAAAGCUAUCAUACUGAGGAUAGCAGGGUACACAGAUAGAAAGUACCUGAAUUGUGCUUCUGAAUUAACCAAUCCUGGAAUUGCUUCACCUCUGGACUUUUUGUUAUGUGAGAUAAUAAAUUCCUUAUAUUGUUCAA